GUGGUGGAUUGCUUUAAUUAUCGGAUUCCCGGCUCUUAUUAUGAUAGGAGGCAUUGUGUACAAAUAUAAGAAACGUCAAAGAAAAGUAAGCGACGUAAACACAGAGAAAGGUACAUCCCCCGAGGACGCCUUCUUCGUCACACCAGAUGAGAAACAUUUGAUUCCUCCCUGUCAGACCACCAUUGAUAUAUUUAUUCCAGACAAACGAAAUAAUGCCCUUCCGAAAAUAGAGGAAAGUGGUGUACAAGAGACGGAAAGCAUACCGGAGAAAAAGAGUAAAAAGAAGAAGAAGAAGAAGAAGAAGAAGUCAAAACGCAGAGAAGAAACUGAUGUACCUGAUGACAAUCUAUCGAACAAGGAUAAUUUCUAAUUCAUUGAAAUUCAAUUACAUGAAAUGAAGUAGGAAAGAAUAAAAAGUAUCAGUGACGAGUAGCAAGGCUACAUCAAAACAAUCCAGUAUUCCAAAAGUGUCUGAUUUUUUUUCAAAAUUGAAAAAAUACUUGACGUAGAGUUCAGUCUAGGUUUUAACCUUGUAAAUGAUUUUUAAAAAAAUGUAUAUACAAUCUAUAAAAGAUCAAGGAAUAAAUAUGAUAUAAAUAAUCUCCAUGCUGUAUAGAUUCACAACAUAACAGUUUUGUUUAGAACUUGUCGAUUACCAACUUUUAUCGUGAAUGAUUUAUCACUUAAAGCAAAUUUGACAUUCCUUAAAUGUUACAAACAUAACAUUAAAAUUGAAUAA